ACGCCCCAAUCACUGAGAUGCAGUACGGUGCAUACUGUCCCCAAGGUCAACUCCGAAAAUAGAACUCAGAGCACCGACGGUGUUGAAGGCAAUAGGCUAUACCACUGGCACAACACAAACAAAAACAAACCACAUUUGAGCGCCGAUUUCACAGUCUUAACAAGGAGUAGCAAUGGAGCAUGAAGGAUCGCACCGUUUUGCAAGGAAAAAGCGAAGGACUCGCCUCUGGCUAAUCAUGGGUCUCUGUGCUGUACUUUCACUUGUCGUUAUCCUCGCUAUUUCUCUGGGAGUAGUGCACAGUCACGCACUGUCUAGUUCCAGCCCAUCGAGUGAAAGCCUAAAAAAAACGAUUAUUGACAAAUGUGAAGCAUUUAUACAGAACAACAAAUCUUCAAGUGCAAACAACUGUCAAAAGAUAUGGAGUGCAUUUCAGCAAGCAUUCGUGGGGAGGGACCCAUGUAAUGUACCGAUGGAGGCCUAUGACCCCCUUAUCCAUACUGUGAUCCAGGAUCCUGUCUGUAACAGGAUGUUGUUUUGGAGCAAAACAAAGAAAAUAGUGCAUGACUUCACAGAGAAGCGAGAUUGCUUCUUGACCCUCGAGGACACACUAGUUGGCUUCAUCAUGAAUGGACUGACCUGGUGUGGCAAGGAGGAGAGCAAUGAAACGUUCACCACAGGGUGCCCAGGCUGGACAGACUGUGUCAACAACACAGUUCGUUCAUUCUGGAAUCGGGCCUCAGCAGCAUUUGCAGAUGCCGCAUGUGGUGAUGUCACAGCCAUGCUGAAUGGCUCUAUUGCCACUCCUUUCAGCCCCACCAGUAUUUUUGCCACCAUCGAGGUGAAAAGGUUCAAAGCUGCCAAAGUGAAGAGCCUGAGUGUUGUCCUCGUGACCAAGGAGAAUAAGGGGACAACAUGUGAUGAUCCCUCCUUACAGGACCUACAGAAAGAGAUAGAGCCAAAACUCAAGUAUAAUUGCAAGGCGGUUCCUGAGUCUAAGAUCCAGGACUGCAUUUCCCACCCAGACACAGCUUGUGGCGCCUGCUGGUAAUACUGUCCAAUCAGCAGUGAACAAGGCGUGGUCGUCAAGAGUAUAAAUGGAUAUUAUUCCAUCAUGGAACCAUGAACUAAUAUUUGAGCUGUCAUCAAGCAGCCCCAAGCCUACCCUGAUCGGCAUAGCUUCCAUUCUUUACAGAAGUUCUUACAAUUUAAUAAUUUCCAUAGUACCCCUUUUAUCUUAAAUUACAAUUGCACCCUUUAGCAACCUAAUUUGCAUUAUCUCCAGCACAAUAGAACAUCAAAAAUGUAUUUUUGAUGAGAUUUGUGGUGACGUGGAGAGAAAGAAAACACUCAUUGCAGGUUUUGAAAAUCACUGUUUUUCUUACUAAUUAAAAAAUAAAGGUGCAAGUUGGAACCAAAUAUGGUUCUUGAGAGCGAUACCAUAGGGGAACCAUUUUCAUGGGAUGGUUCUUUGAAGACCCAUGCAAAAAUUCAAAUCCAAAAAUGUUUCGGCACUCCAGGACCAGAAUUUAAAAGCCCUGCUGUAGGUUUUUAAACCUUAUUUGCAUAUUUCCCAGGGUGCCUUUCACAUUUAAAAAUAAAUCCCAAGUGUGCCGGGGAAGCCGGAGUGUUCCAAUUGAUCACCAUUCAAUGUGUCCAAAGGUACAAAUCCGCCUUCCCGGCGGGCCCAGAGAGCAAAUGAUGUGCACUAUAAGCCUAACGCUGGCCAAUCGGAUUUCUCAUAGCAGGUGUAAAAAAUAAUAAUAAUGCUACAGCGAAGUUGAUACUGUGAGAUUUCAAAACUUUUAAAACCAUGACUAGAGAGAGACUGUCAUCGAAUACAGCAAAUACAGUUGAAGUCAGAAGUUUACAUCCA